AUGAGGACUGGUGCGCCUGCUAGGGUGGGGACUCGCAUGUCUACUAGGCCGACUGAGGAGCCGGCCACUCUUGGGUGUUCUGCCUGCUCCCCGCUCUGCUCCCCUGUUGCUGCUGCUGGACCGACUGAGGAGCCGGCCACUCUUGGGUGUUCUGCCUACUGCCUGCUCUGCUCCCCUGCUGUUGCUGCUGCUGGGCCGACUGAGGAGUGGGCCAUUCAUUCGUGUUCUGCCUGCUGCCUGCUCUGCUCCCCUGCUGCUGCUGCUGUACUGACUGAGGGGCAGGCCAUUCCUUGCUGCAUGCGAAUAGCAGCAGCAGAGGCACCACCGCCUGCCGCCGCCACCACGGCUGCUGCCGCUGCAAUCGCAGCGUACCCCGCCUCUCUCCCUCCCCCCUCCUCUCCCUCUGUGCUGCUUCCCUCUCCCUCUGUCUCUCCCUCUGUCUCUCCCUCUGUCUCUUCCUCUGUCUCUGCCUCUUCUUGUGACGAGCCCUGUUCUCCUCCCUCCCCUGUGUCCUGCUCUCUGCUACUCUCUUCCUUCAGAGGCACCACACUUAUCGAUCCAUCCUCCUCCUCUUCCUCCUCCUCUUCCUCCUCCUCCUCCUCCUCCUCUUCCUCCUCCUCCUCCUCCUCCUCCUCCUCCUCCUCCUCCUCCUCCUCCUCCUCCUCCUCCUCCUCCUCCUCCUCCUCCUCCUCUUCUUCCUCCUCUGUCACUUCCUCCUCUUCCUCCCCUUCACCUUCUGUUCCCUCCUCUGUUUCUUCCUCUUCCUCCUCUUCCUCCCCUUCCCCCUCCGUUUCCUCCUCUGUUUCUUCCUCUUCCUCCUCUUCCUCCCCUUCCCCCUCCGUUCCCUCCUCUGUUUCUUCCUCUUCCUCCUCCUCCUCUUCUCCCCCUUCCCCCUCUGUUCCCUCCUCUGUUUCUUCCUCUUCCUCUUCCUCCUCUUCCUCCCCUUCCCCCUCUGUUCCCUCCUCUGUUUCCUCCUCCUCCUCCUCCUCCUCCUCCCCCUCUUCCUCCUCUCCCUCCGUCUCCCCCUCCGUCUCUCCCUCUGUCUCUCCCUCCGUCUCCCCCUCCGUCUCUCCCUCUGUCUCCCCCUCUGUCUCCCCCUCUGUCUCCCCCUCCGUCUCCUCCUCCGUCUCCCCCUCCGUCUCCUCCUCUGUCUCUCCCUCCGUCUCCCCCUCCGUCUCUCCCUCGCCCUCUCCCGCCCCACCCGCCCCAGCACCUGGAACGCCAUCAUAA